AUAAUAAUAAUAAUAAUAAUAAUAAAAACAACAAUAAUAAAGUUGGAAGGAACCUUGGAGGUCAUCGAGUCCAACCCCCUGCUCAGGCAGGAACCCUACACUGUGUUUGAGUUUAAAGGAGUUAAAACCAUUGAGUUCUGUAUUGCUAGAAAGGAUGAGAGGCGAGAAGAAGCACAGAGGAACUUCCUCUUCCGCAUCAAUCAUGGGAAGAAGGAGGCGUGCAGAGCGGCUUUUGUGCUAUUUCCAGGGUGGAAGCAGCAGCUGGAAGGUAACAGAAUGCCAAAGAUAGGACUCUGGAGAACUGAGAAUCACAAGGGUGAUCAUUUCCAAGUUCAGAAAAAGAGGGAAACCUCUGGACAUCAGUGGGAAGGAAAAGGUCACUUGGACAGCCGCAGUAAUGCAGGCCUCGCCCUGUGAGAAAGGAAACAGUAGCCUGAAUUAAUGUUCGAUCCAAUAACGGAUUCAGAGUACACAGAUGUGCCUAUUGUGGGAAAUGCACAGAGUGUAGAUCACAGCUGAAUAUUCAUCAAAGGAUCCACAAUGGAGAAAAGCCAUAUCAGUGCACCAAAUGCAGCAAAAGUUUGGUCAGAAAAGUUGCCUUGUGUUUCACAGAAGAACUCACACCAGAAAGGAGCCCUGCCAGGGCUCCCUAUACUGCAAAAAAACAGCGAGCAGGACAAGCUGAUAAUACACCAGAGGACUCAUACUGUGGAGAAACCUAUUGAAUGUGCAGUAUGUAGUGAAAGUUUCAGUAAGAAUUCCAGCCUGGUGAGCCACCAGAGGACUCACACAGGUGAAAAACCCUUUGAAUGUCCUGACUCUGGGAAAAGUUUCAGUCAUAAUAUGAGCCUGGUGAAACACCAGAGGACUCACACAGGAAAAAAGCCAUUUGAAUGUCCUAUCUGUGGGAAAAGUUUCAGUCGUAAUUCCAGCCUGGUGAUACACCAGAGGAUUCACACAGGAGAGAAACCAUAUCAGUGUCCAGACUGUGGGAAAAGUUUUAGUUGUAAUUCUGUCCUGGUGAAACACCAGAGGACUCACACAGGAGAAAAACUCUUUGAAUGUCCUGACUGUGGGAAAAGGUUCAGUCAUAAUUCCAGCCUGAUGAGCCACCAGACGACUCACUCAGGAGAGAAACCCUUUGAAUGUUGUGACUGUGGGAAAAGUUUCAGUCAUAAUAACAGCCUAGUGAAACACCAGAGGACUCACACAGGAGAAAAACUCUUUGAAUGUCCUGACUGUGGGAAAAGGUUCAGUCAUAAUUCCAGCCUGAUGAGCCACCAGACGACUCACUCAGGAGAGAAACCCUUUGAAUGUUGUGACUGUGGGAAAAGUUUCAGUCAUAAUAACAGCCUAGUGAAACACCAGAGGACUCACACAGGAGAAAAGCCAUUUGAAUGUCCUGUCUGUGGGAAAAGUUUCAGUCACUAUUUCAGCCUGGUGAUACACCAGCCUGGUGAUACACCAGGAGAGAAACCAUAUCAGUGUCCAGACUGUGAGAAAAGUUUCAGUUGUAAUUCUGUCCUGGCAAAACACCAGAAGACUCACACAGGAGAAAAACCCUUUGAAUGUCCUGACUGUGGGAAAAGUUUUAGUCGUAAUUCUAGCCUGAUGAUACACCAGAGGACUCACGCAGGAGAGAAACCCUUUGAAUGUCCAGAUUGUGGGAAAAGUUUCAGUCAAAAUUCCAAUCUGGUGAGCCACCAGAGGACACACACAGGAGAGAAACCCUUUGAAUGUCCUAUCUGUGGGAAAAGUUUCAGUCAGAAUUCCCACAUGAUGAACCACCAGAGGACUCACACAGGAGAGAAACCCUUUGAAUGUCCUGUCUGUGGGAAAAGUUUCAGCUACAAUUUUGACCUGAUGAGCCACCAGAGGACACAUACAGGAGAGAAACCCUUUCAAUGUCCAGACUGUGGGAAACAUUUCAGUCAUAAUAAGAGCGUCAUGAAACACCGGAGGACUCACACAAGAGACAAACUGUAUCAGUGUCCAAACUGUGAGAAAAGUUUCACUUGUAAUUCUGAUCUGAUUAAACAUCAGAGGACUCACACAGGAGAAAAACCCUUUGAAUGUCCUGACUGUGGGAAAAAUUUCAGUCGUAAUUCCAGCUUGAUGAUACACCAGAGGACUCACACAGGAGAAAAACCCUUUGAAUGUCCAGAAUGUGGGAAAUGUUUCAGUAAGAAUUCCAAUCUGGUGAACCACCAGAGGACUCACACAGGGGAGAAACCCUUUGAAUGUACAGAUUGUGGGAAAACUUUCAGUCAAAAUUCCAGCCUAGUGAGCCACCAGAGGACACACACUGGAGAGAAACCCUUUGAAUGUCCUGUGUGUGAGAAAAGUUUCAGUCAGAAUUCCCACAUGAUGAGCCACCAAAGGACUCACACAAGAGAGAAACCCUUUGAAUGUCCUGUCUGUGGGAAAAGUUUCAGUGAGAAUUCCAGCUUGGUGAACCACCAGAGGACUCACACAGGAGAGAAACCGUAUCAGUGUCCGGAUUGUGGGAAAUGUUUCAGUCGGAAUUCCAACCUGGUGAUACACCAGAGGACUCAUACAGGAGAGAAACCCUUUGAAUGUCCUGUCUGUGGGAAAAGUUUUAGUGAAAAUUCCAUUCUGGUGAACCACCAGAGGACUCACACAGGAGAGAAACCAUACCAAUGUCUGGAUUGUGGGAAACGUUUCAGUCAGAAUUCCAACCUGGUGAUACACCAGAGGAUUCACACAGGAGAGAAACCUUUCAGAUGUCCAUUUUGUGGACGUUACUUCACACAUAAAUCAUCCCUUAUUGCACACAAGGAAGUCCAUAUGAGGCAAAAGUAGUUGAGUUUAUAGAAGGCUUGAAUUUCAUUUGUGAUAUCUGAAUGAAUGUGUAGGUGAGGAAUUGACUAUUUGAAUCUGGGGGUGAUUCUAGUGAAACAUGUCUCAGGAUUAGACUUGUAAAUGGAGAGAAAACAAAAAUGGAAAAAGUCCUACUACUAGUUUCUUGUUAUCAGCAGCAGUUACUGUAUAUUUUCUUUUGCAGAAGUUGUGGAGUUUUUCAAAGAGACUUUUGAGUGGUAGUUUUGUAUAUUGAUUAUUGAAUUCCCACAUGUGGCGCUUCAGUCUUCUUUUUCCGCAUAUUAAAGUUUUAUUGGUUUAUUGUAUACGAUACAAAGAAAAUACAAAAGUAUAUAGCGGGAAAGAGGGAAGGGGAAAGGAAAGGGAAAAGUGAGGGAAGGGAACAAAAAGAAAAAAGAAGGCAUUGACUUCUGACUUCCUUUGGUGCAGUAAAAUAGAGUAUCAAGCAUCAAACCUCAACUUUUUACUUUUACAAAAUAGUAUAAACUAGCUAUUUUGAUAACAACAAAACUAUCUAAUCGGUAAUGCCCAAAAUCAAAAUUUCAGUUUUUUCCACCUCAGGCACAAUGUCCAGUAGGGUUUCUCCAGAGCAAUAAAAGUAUUUGUAUUCUUUUCUUUGAUCAGUACAGUCAAUUUAGCCAUCUCUGCUAGUUCCAUCAUUUUUUGUAACCAU